GGCAGAGAGCCCUGCUUUAGUCCCCUAUAUCUCCAUCUCCCUUAUAAACAUACGACGUAUAAUUAGUGUACGUAUCCAGUCCAUGCUCUACACAAUCUAAAAUCGGACAUAACUCGGGCACAUGCGUACCGAAAUCCCGCGCUCUGUGAAGCCCACGAACCUCAACCUAGGGGAUUUUUUUAAGGUCUUGAAUGUGCAGCAGGGGCUAGUGCUGCCAAGUUUACUCGUCGUCCUACCGUUGCUCAUUGCUGUUACAGGAAAUGCUCGAGGGCUGUUUUGGAAGGGAACGGCGCGCAAGAUGACAUCAGGUCAGGGGAACGCGGAGAAAGGCACGGGGCACUGGAAACGGAGGACAGGACCGGCGAUAGUCGAAAGCAAUCCAGACCCCUCUGCAUCGGAACAGUCUAGAUGCUACCGUUAUGAUGACCAUGACGGUUGUUCAGUAUCCCUACGUCUGCUUGCGCAUCAUCGGACCCUCAUCCGCUCACGGCGUCCAUGGCCGCGAUGAGGCGGAGAAUGCACGGGAUGGUUGAAUACUUGCGAGGCGGUGGCGGGAAACA